AGAAGAAAAUGUGAAUUUGCCUUCAUCAUAAUGAAUUUCUGUCAUUCUAGAGAAUGAGAUAUUUUUGGUCCAAGAAGAUGACAAAAGUAAAGACAUAAUUAUUCUGCUUCAGUCUUUCACACCACACUCUGUAAUUGUGUUAACUAUAAUGGCUCCUCACCAUCACCAUGCUUGCUAGGUAGCUAAAGUGACUGUCAUUGCCCACAAAACAACAAAUAUUGAAAAUAAAAUUCAUGUUCUAUAAAAGCAUAUAGUGCUACUGCUCAUAAACUCUCAUAUUCAUUGGUGAGUUUGGUUUGGAGUAAAUUAAUGGAAACGCCGUUGCUCAAAGGCAAAGGCAAAGCGGAGGCAGCUGAUGAUGACUACGCGGCAGUGAGGAGCUUUGAGGAGGCCAUGUGGGUCUCUUGGAAGGAGGCAGCGAAGCUCGGGAGAAUUGCAGCUCCGGUGGCGUUUACAACUCUGUUUCAGUACCUGGUUGUGUCUGUCACCACCGUCUUUGUGGGUCAUCUCGGAGAUCUUGAGCUCUCUGCUAUUUCCCUUUCUGUCAUUGUCAUCUCUGGCAUCCCUUUUGGUUUACUGGUUUGCAUCUAUUUACAUUGCUUCUGUUUCUAUUUCUAUUUCUAUAUAUAUGUGUAUAUAUGUAUCAUCUAUGUUCAUGUAAAAUGUGACUGUUUACAUGUUCAUAUUGUUUUGAGUUGAUUACUCUUACUUGUUGGAAUAUAGUAGGUGUGUGAUGAGCGUUGCUCUGAUACCAUUUGUUGGUUUAUGUGUGAAGGAUUUAGGAAAAUAGACAAUAAUUAAAACAAAGUGAUUUUAUUAUAUUAGAGAAGAAUAAUACAUAGCUUGGUGUAGGUUAAUUGGCCUCCUUAAUUUUUUGGCUUAUUGGCCAUCACACUUGCUUAGAUUAGUUUGGGAUAUAUUGGUGAGCUUAUUGGCUCCCUUAGUUUUGUGUAGGUAGCUCUUGGCUCCCUAAUAAUUUGGGAGUUCUUUUUGUUAGACUCCCCACCUUAUAUCAGUACAACCAUGCCUAUUUAUAGGCUUUGAUUGCCGACAUACACAGCCACCGACUUGGGCUUCUUCAUUUCUUAGCCACAUAUGUGUCUUGUUCUUCAAACUUCAAUUGCUUUUGUUCCACCUCCUUCAUUCAGCCACUGCUAGCUUGUUCUAGAAUAUUCUUGUAUUGCCAUCUCCAUCUUUUCAAGUCUUGACUUUUCUAGAAUUGUGUAGAACACAAAUGAGCAUUAUUUUUUCAACAUUAUUAAUUAAUUAUAAGGAAAGUUUUAACUUUUAAGUGAGUUCAGUUAUAUUUAUUACGUGAAUAUUUGGUCACAUUCUCCUCGGUCUUUUGGCUAUAUAUAUAUAUAUAUAUAGAGAGAGAGAGAGAGUAUAUAGCAUAGCAGGUUGCACGUCCCCUUUUGAUUUUCUGUUAAAUGCUCAAGGGCUGUUUGACUUGAAUAUUUGUAAUUCUGUGGCCAAUUCCAGCCGCAAUUUUUAGAAAUGUUGCUUAAGAGAUGACUUGUGUUGAAGGAAUGAAAGAGAGACCAAUUUAAUUUGGCUAUGCAUUUAUGUAUGUAGAAAGGUAUGGCAACUGCACUGUGAACGCUUUGUGGUCAAGCAUAUUGUUGGAAAAAAUAAUGCUCAUUUGUGUUCUAUACGAUUCUAAAAAAGUCAAGACUUCAAAAGAUGGAGGUGGCAAUACAAGAAUAUUCUAGAAUAAGCUAAAUGCUCAAGGGAGUGGAACAAAGCAAUUGAAGUUUGAAGAACAUUCUAGUACAAGAUACAUGUAUGGCUAAGAAAUGAAGAAGACCAAGUCGGUGGGACUUGGUAAUGUCGGCAAAGCAUGUUGGCAAAGCAUGCCUAUUUUAUAGGCAUGCAAUGCAAUAAAUCAUGGAGGAAUCAACAAAAGGAACUCCCAAAUUAAGGGAGCCAAGAGCUACCCAAACAAAGUUAUGUUGAGGAACCAAUAAACUCACCAAACUAAGUGAAGGGCCAAAUAGCCCAAAACUAUUCUAAAUCAAGUGUAGUGGCCAAUAAGCCAAUAUGCUAAGUGUAAAAGACCAAUUAGCCUAAACCAAGUUAUGUACUAUUCUCCUCCAAAUUUAAUAAAAUCACUUUGUUUUCCCUUACAAUCUAACAAGUGGUAUCAGAGCAUCACAUACGCUCAUCACACACCUACUAUAUUCUAACACAUAUGGUGCAGGCCAAGUUGGGUCGCUUGGAAUCUAUAUGCAGCGGUCAUGGAUUGUCCUAUUGAAUUGAUCACCUGUAUCAUCCUUUCACCGGUUUAUAUUUUUGCUGCUCCAAUACUGGAGAUUUUAGGCCAAGAAAGUGAUAUAGCUGAUCUUGCUGGAAAAUAUAGUGUAAAGAUAAUUCCUCAGUUGUUCUCCUCUGCCAUCUUUUUGCCCACUCAGAGGUUCCUUCAGGCUCAGAGCAAGGUUAGCGCAAUGGCAUUGAUUGCUUUUGUGGCGCUGAUCAUACGAACUGGACUGCUUCAUCUUUUCAUCAAUGUGUUUGGCUGGGGAACCACUGGUACAGCUGUAGCUUAUGACAUCACACACUGGGGAAUUACAGUUGGUCAGGUUGUGUAUAUUAUGGUUUGGUGCAAAGAGGAGUGGACUGGAUUUUCAUGGCUGGCAUUUAAGGACAUUUGGGCUUUUGCCAAUCUAUCCCUUGCCUCAUGCAUGAUGUUUUGCCUAGACUCAUGGUAUACCAUGACCAUAAACAUUCUCGCAGGUUUACUUGAAAAUGCAGUGAUUGCUGUUGGUUCCUUUUCUAUAUGCAUGAACUUUCAGAAUUGGGAGAUCAUGUUGUUGGUUGGACUAAAUGCUGCUAUAAGUGAAGAUAUGCAACGUGCCGUUGCUCGUUUAGCAUACUUUUUUGGAGUAACCAUGCUUCUUAAUAGCGCAACAGUAGUGUUAUCUGGUGUUGCUGUUGGAAGUGGAUGGCAAGUGAUGGUUGCUUAUAUAAACUUUGCUCGUUAUUAUCUAUUUGGCUCCCACUUGCAAUCUUUCUUGGAUUUAAAGCAAAUCUGGGUGCUCUGGGACUUUGAGGUGGCAUGAUGAGUGGAAGUACUUUUCAGAUCUUAUUCUUAUUGAUUGUGACUUCCAGAACCAACUGGGACAGAGAGGUGGAGCAAACAACAAAGCGCAUCAACAAGUGGGGAAGCCAAGAAACAAAAACUGACGAGAUAACAAACAAAGGGAGCUGAGCUGAGUUGGAACUUGGAGUUAACUAAGAUGGCAAACGCGUGCUUGGGUGGGACCUGGAGUUGGGCCCACCGUCUUUACACUAAUGUUGAGAAUGGUACCGGGUCUGUAGACCCAUGGAUAUUUAAGAGGUUGAGUAAAGGUUUGUUAGAGUUUUGGGCCUUUGUGCCUUUGGGUCCACCAUCUGUGCUCACAUCCACUUUGGGAAGCGUUCAAAAAUCUCUUUUAGGUCAUGAGUGAGCCGAAAGCCUCCCAUAAUCUUAGUCAGACAAAUUAAGACUUUCAUGGAUUCAAUUAUUUUUUGUGUUUA